AACCGGCGCGGCUAAUUCAAGAUGGCGGAGCAGGAGCAGCUGUUAGAUGAGAGCUCUUCAGCGAAGGCUCUCGUCAGUCUGAGAGAGGGAAGUUUAUCAAACACCUUAAAUGAGAAGAACAUCCUAUCCAAAUCUCCGAACACCAGAGGAAGGAGUAGCUACACAUCGAUGGAAACGCCGACGAGAAGCUCGAAGAGGACCCGAUUUUCCUCUGAAGAGGAGGACCGUUCGGCCACCUCUCGAUCCCCCAGGAGAAGCCAAAGAGUCACCACCGCUCCUCAGAAACUUGCAACUGUUGCAGUACCAGAUAAACGAACCUCACAGAAGAUUGGACUCCGAUUACGAAACCUGCUCAAACUGCCCAAAGCCCACAAAUGGUGCAUCUAUGAGUGGUUCUACUCCAAUCUUGACAAACCGUUAUUUGAAGGAGACAACGACUUUUGUUUGUGCCUGAAGGAGUCGUUUCCUAAUCUAAAAACCAGAAAGUUGACCAGAGUGGAAUGGGGGACAAUCAGAAGACUGAUGGGGAAACCCAGAAGAUGCUCGUCUGCAUUUUUUGCCGAGGAGCGAACAGCACUUAAGCAGAAGAGGCAAAAGAUGCGCAUGCUGCAACAGCGCAAGAUCACAGAUAUAUCACAGUGUAAAGACCUUCCGGAUGAGAUUCCGUUACCCUUGGUCAUCGGCACUAAAGUAACUGCUCGACUUCGGGGAGUCCAGGACGGCCUGUUCACUGGACAGAUUGAUGCAGUGGACACGAGUGCAGCAACAUACCGCGUCACGUUUGACAGAAGUGGACUUGGCACACAUACGGUUCCCGAUUAUGAAGUCCUCAGUAACGAGCCUCCUGAGACGAUGCCCAUAUCUGCAUUCGCUCAGAAACAGCGCCCAUCUCGCUUCCCAGUCUUUAUGACCCCUCCACGUGGAGCGUAUUCGGGUUCAGCCCCGCCCGUCCUAAUGGACAGCGAUCCUCUGUUCAGUCAGUCGCCCUGGAAGGACAAACUUACAGGAACCGACCGAGAGACACUUGGAGGAUUCCCUGUCAAAUUUCUUGUACAGGUGACACGACUGUCCAAAAUCCUUAUGAUUAAAAAAGAACACAUAAAGCAUCUAAAGGAGAUGAACACGGAGGCUGAAAAGCUGAAAUCCUAUUCCAUGCCGAUUGAGCUGGAGUUUCAAAAAAGGUAUGCUACCAAGGUACUGGACCUGGAGCAGCUGAAUAAAGACCUGAACAAAGUUCUGCAUGAGGUUCAGCAGUUCUGUUACGAGCUAGCGCCAGACCAAGGCAUGCAGCCGGCCGAUCAGCCCAGCGAGCUCCGGAGACGCUGCGAAGACGAAGCCGAUGAAGUGCUGCGGCUGUCCAACGCUCUGCCCGAUGGCGAGCAGCGCGCCCAGAACCCCGGUCUUACUCAGCUCAUCUCCCGCCUCACCGCCCUGCUCCUGCAGAUCAGAUGCUUGGCAGAGGGUGGUGACCUGAAUUCAUUCGAAUUCAAAUCAUUGACAGAUUCCCUCAAUGACAUAAAGAAUUCAAUAGACGGUUCUAACCUCAGUUGUUUCCAGGACAAUGUGGAGAUCCAUGUAGCACACAUCCAGAGUGGCCUGAGCCAGCUGGGAAACCUCCACGCUUUCUCUGCCAACAACACCAACAGGACAUGACCGACCUCAAAUGCAUGCGAGAGGCGCGUCUUAACCCCCGAACUUUCAAUCCGAACUUCAACACUUACUGACACUUACCCGCAUCAAAGCGAGGUUCAAACCGGAGCCUUCGAGUGCACCAUGUCUUAAUGGAAGAGCAGCAUGGAGAAACGCUAGAGCAUUAUAUAAAUAGGAGUCGGUUUACUGGUCGGUCAGUAUACUGGUGCAGUUAUUGAACACGUUCUCCUGUGUUAAUCUCGCCAUAUUGGAGUUUCAUUUCUUAUUUAUUCUAGUUUGAUCUGUUUCAUAUUUUUACUCUCGCAGAAAUUGCGCGUUUGCUGAAAAACAGAAAGGUUUCGAAUAGCCGCCGUAGAACAGGUUCAUUUUUGAAGAUGUAUAUUGUAGAUAAUUGUACAGUUUAUUCAACAUACGCGUUGACCAAGCGUCAAUGUCGACGUUUUAUAUCUACUUUUAAAUAUUUUUGUAAAGAGACCAGUUUGGCAGGUUAAAAGUAGACCGUUUGCUUCCCAUGGUGUAAGGAACGUUACCCAGUACGUCACCGGUGUAUGUUCAGAUUUGGGUUUGUUUUUCUUUGUGAUUUUUAUUUUAUUUUACUGCUAAUUGUAAACUACAAUGUGUAAAUAUGUUUUGUUAAUUGCUAUUAAAUGUCGAACACCGUAGUUC